CAUCCAUCAUCCGUCAUCCAUGCAUCACUCGCUAGCUAGAGUAUCGUCGACGGCAAAGAGGGCAAAGAGACAACUAACUCUCCAAUCGAAAUGCUCUUUUCAUCGGUGAACUAUUUCUAUGCAGUCAUCAAGUUUGUUUGCUGCUGCCAAUAGGAGUAGGACUCUGACUCGUCCAUCUUUCUCAAGAAUACGACCUCGGCAGCUCUGGAUUUCAUCGUCAUCUUCCUUUUUGAACAAUCCAAAUGAGGAAUCUCGUCGUUUCCCGACAAACUUGCUGCUGCUACCACGUGGAAGCUUAGAAUCUGAUAAUGAAAACAGGAGACGAUGGUUCUCUUCCGACAGUUCCACUGGCCAUGGCAGAAUACCCGUUCUUGACAGCAGCAAUCAUGUUGCCGUCUCCAUUCUCCAAGAGGAUGCCCACGAGAUUAUACAGCAAAUACCAUUGGCAGACUGCCGCAAUUUUACUCUGAUUGGACACAUUGACCACGGCAAGUCGAGCCUGAGUUCUAGAAUCUUGGAAUUGACGGGCAAUUUGGGCCCAGAAGCUCAAGGGGUAGCCUUGGAGGCAGUCAAACGAGAUCAAGGAUUGGAGCAGCUCGACAAUGCCAGCACAAGUACUGCAUCUCCUGGUAUACAAGACGGCAAGCAAUCCUCCACCAUGAAGCAAAAAGAACAAUAUGAACUCUUGGACACGUUAUCAGUGGAACAGCAACGAGGAAUCACCGUCAAAGCCUCUGCAGCAACCAUGCUAUACCGACACCCUUCGGCUGUUGGCCCAAGGGGCGUCUUAUUGCUGAACAUGAUCGACACACCGGGCCACGUAGAUUUCGGAUCUGAAGUGGCCCGCUCAUUAUCCUUUGUGCAAGGGGCGGUACUAUUAUUGGACGCUUCUCAAGGCAUUCAAGCACAAACAUGGACGGUUCACGACAAGGCCAAGUCCAUGGAACACAAUAAACCGGAACUGAUAUUGGCACUUACCAAAGUCGACAUGGAUGCUGCUAGACCCGUUCAUGUGGCAUUGGCGGUGUCGGAAUGGCUCGAUUGGGAAGAUCCCGACAACAUUAUUCCUACAAGUGCUCGCAUGAGAAUUGGGAUUGCCGAAGUGCUCGAUCGCAUUUGCCGAACUGUGCCCCCACCACCCGUACUGUCAGAUGACUCCAGCGAGGAAGACUACAAAGGACCAGUCGUCAAGGAUGACGGAAACAUGAUACUGCGAGCACAAGUAGUGGACUCUUGGUAUGACGACAGAGGUGUGAAUUGCUUGGUGCAGAUCGUGUCCGGAAACAUGUCAGAGGGCGAUCGAAUUGUCAUUGCGAAGAAUGAUGAUGUGGACACAGAAUCAUCUUCAUCAUCACGCCAACAAGGCAACAAUCAACAAUCAUUUUCUGUACAAGAGAUUGGAAUGGUCCUACCACACGCCAAGCGAACUGGAGUAUUGAGACGGGGGCAAAUGGGAUAUGUACGGUUUGGCCUUCGCGACCCUCGGCAAGCACAACCCGGCACCAUCUUGAUUCUACAAAAGCACAUUGGAAUGGAAAUGGCGUUGCCUGCUCUAACGAGUGCACACAAUGUGACAAAAUCGGUACUGUAUGCAUCAGUGCAUCCCAGCGAAUCAGACGGCUUUGAUGAGCUAUGCAGCGCUGUAGAUCGUCUGGCAUUAAACGAUGUUGGACUUGAAGUCUCGAGAACGUCAGCUCUGGCAGGUGGAAGUGAAAAGGGCGGUCCAUUUCUUGGGCCGGGUCUGAGGGUGGGAUUCCAGGGGAUUCUCCACAUGGAAGUGUUUCGACAAAGGCUGCAGGAUGAAUGGGACAUCGAUGCGAUUGUAACGCCACCAAAAGUGCCUUACAGAAUAACCUACAAGGAAGGCACAAGAAAAGACAGCAAUCAGCAAGAACAUACUGUAAUUGUAGAGGAUCUGGCGGACUGGCCAACACAAGGAGUUCGCUUCAAGAUCGAAGAACCAAUGGUGACUGUCAGGAUCAUGGCGCCUGUGGACUGCGCGGGGUCGGUAAUGGAAUUGAUUAGUCGAAGAAGAGGAGUGGAACUACAGACGAAACCUGUUGAUGAGGAGAUCUGGAUCUUCACAGCCCAAAUGCCGUGGGCAGAGGUUGUGGUUGACUUUCAUGAUCAGCUGAAGAAUGUUACUGCUGGAUUCGGAAGCUUGGACACCACCGAGGGAGAACCCCCAUUUCGCGAAGCAGAUGUGCACAAGGUAGAAAUUAUGUUGAACGGGGACGAGGUCGAACCAAUGGCGUUCGUUUGCCACAAAAAUGACGCCCAAGGACAAGCGAGAGUUGUGUGCAAAAAGCUUCAACAAGUCCUACCCAGACAGCAGUUCGUAACUGUCAUUCAGGCAAAGGCUUCUGGAAAAAUCAUUGCUAGCGAAAGAAUCAAGGCAUACAGAAAGGAUGUGCUCAUAAAAUCAGGCAAGGUUGUGGGCGGCGGAGAUCAGACGCGGAAGAAAAAACUGCUGGAGAAACAGAAGAAGGGAAAGAAGCGUCAGCAGGCCGAAGGGAAGGUGGCUCUGUCGCAGGCAGCUUUCAAUAGUGUCAUCUCCCGGUCGUCGUAACUGCAUGCUCGCAACUCAACAAACAGCCAAAGCUAAGGUGUCUUUGUCGGCACUGUACAAAACAUUUGAAGUCGAUGCCUGCGUCAGGACCCCCAGCAAGGUAAUAGUACCGGUAGGAUCAAGACAUCCCGGGAAAAGCAGCUUACUACCAGUAACGUAUGCUAGCUAAGAAACGAUUUGAUAUCUUCCCGAACUUUUCAAAAGCAAAACACCCUUGUCUCGUAGGUCGUCAAUCAUUGGCUUGAAGUCGCCCAGACCAAAGUUGAUCUGAUCUGCAAUCAUCCGGAGGUCAUCCAUCGCACACUCUGCUCCGACCCCUAUGAUUUCCUUCAUCUUCGCCUCGAAAAGCUUUCUGGCUUUCCGGUUGCUUAUACCGGCUGCCCCCCCACGAAGUGGGUCUAGUUUGUUGUUCUCAUCCGAAUGCACUUGGUCCUAGUAUACAGCACGAAGCAAGGUUAAGGAAACGUAAGCGAAGUGACAAGAUAUCCAGUGCCUGGACCAUUGAGAGAAUCAUACGUACCACUGAUUUCCGCAUCAGCUCGACUACAUCCAAUGCGUCACCUUCCAGCACGUACUCCCGUAGGCAGGCUUUCGCACGGGCCUGAGAGAGUCGAAUCAUAGCUUCGAGUUGUCGUGUGGUAAUUGGGACCGUGUCGUUUCGCCUGAGUCCACCUUCGGGGUAUCUUAGCUGCAUGAAAUAGUCCUUGAGCACUGCUGCCGCCUCUGCCGUCAUUUUCGGCUUGCAGUACUCCCGAGCAUAGGCAAUGUAGUCUCGAACCAACUCAGCUGGCAAUGGUGUCUUUUGAAAGUCGGCAACCCAUGCGAGCCGUUCCCAGAUUGGAAUCCGAUCUAUUCCACCCCUGGUAAGAUGCGUUGGGUCCUUGUUUUGUUGUGUGUAUGUCAUUGGAGGAGCUGUUCCACUGGCAAAGGCCCCUUCUCCGUGGCUAUUCUUUGCCGCUCGAUGAAGAUUCAUGAUACUUUUGGACACUCGUCGAUCCAAAUCUUGAUCUGCCCGGUCUCUCAAGAUGUAAACGAGGUCGAAUCGAGAAAGAAUUGGUUUCGACAUGUUGAGAUUCUCUGCAACAGUUUUGUUCAUGUUGUAGCUUCCAUUCUUGGGGU